AGGACUCCACUGAGCACUGAUGGCAACAGCCAGGAGCCUGGGCCUCCUGUUCUUUCUGCUGCUGACUUCAGAUGAGCAGAUCACUGAAGGGCCGAGGAACGUCUGCCUGCUCAAGGAGAACCCUGAGUAUGCCAACUUUGACUUGAAUGACACCGCUCAGUGUUUCACCAAGUGCGAGCAAUCAGCCGACAUCUCCUGUGACGUGGGGAACUUGCAGAGAUAUUGGUUGAACUAUGAGUACUACCUGCUGGAGAAUUCCUUGGAGACUGUGGACAUGCCUUUUGUUAAGGCAUUGAUCCAGAACAUCAGCACAGAUGUCUCAGAAGACCUGCUAUACUCUCUGAUGCCCUCCCAGAUCCCAAGGCAGGUGAUGCAAGGUGAGGACCAGCCUGCUGACAGAGUCCGACUUCCCAAGAGCCUGUUUGGAGCCCUGCCUGGCAACAGGUUUGCAGUCCGGUUGGCCAUAACUAUUCUAGACAUCGGUUCAGGGAAUGUCUUCAAGGGCCCCAAGCUCCUUGAAGACAAGGGCAGCAGAGUGUUGAACAACCGCAUGGUGGGCUUGAGCGUGCGCCACAUGAAUGCCAUUGGGCUGUCGGAACCUGUAGAGAUUACCUUCUCCCACCAGCGUCAACCACCUAAUAUGAUCCUCACCUGUGUAUUCUGGGAUAUGGCUAAAGGAGACUGGGAUUCCCACGGGUGCUCCACGGAGCUUGGGGAUGAGAGAACUGUCUGCCGUUGUGACCACUUGACCUUCUUCGCCUUGCUGCUGAGGCCGAUCUUGGACCAGGCCACAGCACAGACUCUCACUCGAAUCUCCCAGGCAGGCUGUGCAGUCUCCAUGAUCUUCCUGGCUUUCACCAUGGUUCUCUAUGUGACCUUCAGGUUCUCUCUGCAGAGGUUCAAGUCUGAAGAUGCCCCUAAGAUCCACAUGGCUCUGAGCAUCAGCCUGUUUCUCCUGAAUCUUACCUUCUUGAUUAAUGUGGGGAACAGCUCUCAAGGACCCUCAGCCUCCUGCUGGGUCCGAGCUGCCAUUUUCCACUACUUCCUGCUCUGUGUCUUCACCUGGAUGGGUCUGGAGGCCUUCCACCUCUACCUGCUGGUCAUCAAGGUCUUCAAUACCUACUUUGGACACUAUUUCCUGAAGUUGAGCCUGCUGGGCUGGGGCCUGCCUGUUCUUGUAGUUAUUGGUGCCGGAAGUAGCAACAGUUAUGGGGUUUACACCAUCCGCAAUCAGGAGAACCGCACCUCGCUGGAGCUGUGCUGGUUCCAGAAAGAGCCUGCCCUUUAUGCUACUGUCCACGGCUACUUCCUUGUUACCUUCCUCUUUGGUGCUGUGGUACUGGCUUUGGUGGCCUGGAAGAUCUUCACUCUGCCCAGUGUCACAGCAGGCAAAGGACCGGGGCAGACCUGGAAGUCGGUCCUCACUAUACUGGGCCUGUCAAGCCUGGUGGGCAUGACCUGGGGGCUGGCUGUUCUCACCCCCCUCGGCUUGUCCACCGUCUACGUCUUCACCCUCUUAAACUCUCUGCAAGGGCUCUACAUCUUCUGCUGGUUCAUCAUCCUCUACUUCCCGACUAAGAGCACCACAGCCUCCUCCUCCGGCACCGCCCGCCUGGACCAGGCCCACUCCAUGUCCCAGGAAUAGUCUAUAGGUGGCUGCAGUUUGCUCUCAUCUCUGGCUGGUUUGUGUGACUUUGAACAGCUACCUACUUCCUUCUGGGCCCCAUUGCCUUCUCUGUACAGGGUGUCUAAGGAGAGAGAGGAUGGGGACCAAGCUGGGCCAUGUGGCUUCAAAGUUCCCAUUCUGGAGGCUGGAGGGAUAAUUUGUAGAAGACACUGGUUCAGUUCCCAGCACCCACAUGGCAUCUCUCAGCUGUCUGUGACUCUAGUUCCAAGAGAUUUGACACUCUCCUCUGGCCUCCAAAGGACACCAGGCAUGAAGGUGCUGCAUAUAUCCACAUGCAGGCAAACACACACACACACACACACACACACAC